AUCUUUUUCGCAAUCGGAAGUUGCUUACGCACAGUCUGAAACAACUGACGACUCUGUGUCUCCAUCAUUUAAUGUCAUUUUUCGCAACAAUGGUAGGACGAACAGCUUAUUGUUGAGACAAACACAUUCGAGCAUUCUGCUGUUUACUGUUGUAAGAAUAUAAUCGGUCUUGUUCUUUCGACACAUACAAAUUUGUGUUUCAACCAUGGCUAAUAUAUUUAACAUCGAGUGUAGGAGGUACAAUUUACACGCCACGACAUUGUUUACGCCUCCUAGGAGUAUAUUUUUGGUGCAUUCUUAUAACGAAAAAGGGGACUACAAUAAUUUUCAGAGACGCAAUGAAUUUGCCAAUUUGUUUGGUGCCCCGUCAUCCGAAUGGGCAGGGGAGUUUAUGACUCUCCCAGCAGAUACUCCAUUUGCCACAGACGUUGGGAUCUGGCGCCAGCCCAGAGCUCCACUCGAGACACCGGAAGCCUCUUAUUACGCUACCCAAGAUUUUUGCUCCUAUAGGCCUGUAGAAAACUGGUGUGAGCAUACCCGAGAACCAGGUCAAUCAGCAGCCCUAGCUACACGCCAUGGUAUUAUAUCUCUUUGGCUGCGUGACCGAGUACGUGUCGAUAUGACGAUUGACCAAGCUGUUAGAAUAAUAAAUUUCAAGAAUAAUAUUGUAAUGUCUUUGAGCAGCAGUGGAUCUGCAGCUGCAUUGCUUCACCCCAAUGGACGUAUUUAUCAACAUGGCAGUCAUGUAGAAAUCCUAGUAUGUGACGUUCAUGGUAAUAACAAAUACGCCGAGAUGUGGCACAAAGGUGUAAGCUUCACAGCUGAGCACUGUGCACUUGUCUACCUAGUUGAUGCUGCAGGCAUAAGGACAACAACUCACAAUUUCUCAGACAUGAGCCAGGAUUUCCCAUUGUCUGUAUUCUAUUAUGAUUCACACCAUGGUCAGUCUCAUGUCCAGGAAGCCAAUUACAUUUUGCAGGCAUCUCAGUACUGGAUUACUGAUGAAGGCACAGAGAACUGGAUAAUAAAUAAUGUGCGUAUAUCACAGACUGCUGAUGGAUUGGUUAGAAUUUAUCGAAACAGUAACAAAUAUAAAGUACACACAAGUCCAGCCAGUGGAACAGCAUCAUUGACUACACCAUUCCUUUACUGUACAGCAUCUUUAGGUAAAACAGCUCAUUUAUUUGUCAGACGAGGAGAACGUCGUAUGCACUAUGAUGGCUCCAAUUUCAUAGUACGAAAUGCAGGACAUUCAGCAGGCUUAGAUGAAAGGAAUCAAGUCAAAGUAUAUUAAAAUGAAUGUGAAUUGACUAGUCUUUUUAAAACAAUAAAGGAUUUGAUUUAUAAUGAUUGUAGAUUCCAGCACAUGUUUAUAAAAGAGAGACAUAUAUGAAAGUAAAUUAUCAGAGCAUUCAAAGAAGAGAAAGUGCAAACUAUAUUAAUACAAACAGAUAUAACAAAACAAGAUAAAGAAAAUUAUGUGAUAUCAAAACUGUUCAGAUUUUGGGGACAAAGUGUCAGACCUUCAUAUACCAUCAGAAGAAAUUCACAUAUAAUCCAGCUAUAAUUUGAACACAGCUGUCUUUAUAAUCAUCGCCAAGAGAAAUUGAAAUCUGAUCAACUAUAAUUACUCUGUGCAUGGGAUUACAUUAAAAUUGUUUGCUGACUUUUCAAUGGGUAUUUCAUUAAAUGCUAUGAGUUCCAUACUUUGGUGGAAUAUAAAGUAUCAUGUGAUAUUCGAGACAUAGUAAUUGGUAAUAUUCAUGUCAUAAUUAUCAAAUCACUCUUAUCUCUAUAUCUUCAUAUGACUCAUUUAAUAUUCCUUCAGAAUAUUCAUAAAUUUUUAUACAGUAUUGUAGUUAUCAAGAAUUUUUUAAUUUUAAAAAUUAAACUUCAAAUCUACGCAUGUAACUGUAAGUUUAAGCAAACAAUAUCAUGCUUUCUGUCUGCUAUCCCCUAGGGACUCACAACCACAUCUGUUUAAGUGCUAUUUUUAUAUGGAUAUAAAUGAAACACUAAAUUCUUUAAAUAACUUUGUGUAAGAGAAACUUCAAGGAAAUUGAAACAUUGUAAUCAUAACACAGGUUUACAAAUUGUUAGAAAUAUAUCAGUAUAUCAUGGGACCAAUAUUGAUAGCAGGUCAAAUUUGAGAGUUAAAUGUCUUGCACUAGCACAUAAUACUGAAAGGCUAACAUUCUUAAAAUACACUGGAAUGUAAUUUCAGCACAUUCUUGUGUAGUGCAGUGUUUGGUUGGGCUAAAGGAAUAAACCAUAAAAUUCUCUUGAGAAAAAAUAAAUUCUUUGUGAUAUUUAUAAAUGGAUAAGUAUAGUAAAUCUUCACUUAUGAAAUGUCUAAUUGUCUUUCAACAGACCUAUUAUAAAAUGUUAGGCUUGAUCAUAAAAUAUGUAAUAAAAAUAUGAUUAGUGUCAUAUAAAUAUGGUAAAUACAAAAUAUGAGGUAGAACCUUGUAUCAUAAAAUAUCUACCUAUAAUCAGUGUCAUUUUCAUAAGCCUAGAGAUAAUAAAAUAAUAUAAUAAAACAUAUUGUUUACUGAUAAGUUGUGAGUAUUAGACCAUGGAUUGAACUUUAAGGUCCAAGUGAACAGAUAAAUGCUUUGAAAUCACCUAUGAUUAAAAAAUAAUUGGCAUAGUAAGAUAUAGAUGCAAGUUAAUAUUUUACGAAUUAAAUAUAUAUUUUAACUAUCACUGUGUUUAGGUGAUACAAAAUAGAUUAAUAAAUGAAAGAACAUGCUUUGGGAGUUGUGAAGAUUCUUAUUAUAGGACAAAGGUCUAGAAUUAUAAAAAUAACUAUAAUUUGUGGACAUAUUAUUUGUGUACUGUUCACUUUAAAAUUAAGGCGUUUAUGGUAUUUCACUUUGUUUUAUUAAAAAUUAUAGCUUCUUCAUAUUGGCACCAAAUAGUCUGGUAAUUUUAGAACAGAUAAUCCCUUGUUAUUAAGGAAUGUACAUGUUAACAGAAAUGAAAUCAAUUCAUUAUACACAUAAUUAUGUCAAAAAAUGUUUUUUAGCUGUGUUAUAAUCUCCAGCAAAUAUGUACACGCAAAACUGUUCCUAUCCUUCUCCACUGUUUUAUAAUCUAACAUUUAAUUUCUCAAGACUCAAUGAAGAAACAAUAUCAUGAUAUAUGUUGGUGCCUGUGUCAGUUUAAUUUCAUGUUCAAUUGUUAUAAUUUAUUUCAGAGUUAAUAGAAUUAUAGUUCCAGUUAUUAUUUAACUCCCAGUAGUUAAUUUAUUUCAAAAUAAAUAGAUUUGUGUAAAUUGUAUUU